CUCUUUGUGUGGUGCCUAGAUAGGAGAGCGGAGGUGGUGGUGGCUGUGGCGGUAGUAACGGCCUUGGUUGUCUUCCAGUUUUCUCAGCUCGCCCUCUAGCCGGCACCUUUCCCCUUCCCUCCCCCUUCCUUUUUUCCUCCUUCCCUUCCCUUCCCUCCUUCCCUUCCCCGCCGGUGACCGGCGGUGGCGGCUCCAGCAACGGCUGGGCCCAAGCUGUGAAGAGGCUUUAGUCAACGAUAACGGCGACGGCGAAACCUCGGAGCUCGCAGGGCGGGGGUAAGGCCCGGCCCUUGGAGAUGGAUAAUUCCCAGUUGUGUAAGCUGUUCAUAGGGGGCCUCAAUGUGCAGACGAGUGAGUCGGGCCUGCGCGGCCACUUUGAGGCCUUUGGGACUCUGACGGACUGCGUGGUGGUGGUGAACCCUCAGACCAAGCGCUCCCGUUGCUUCGGCUUCGUGACCUACUCCAAUGUGGAGGAGGCUGAUGCCGCCAUGGCCGCCUCGCCCCAUGCAGUGGACGGCAACACAGUGGAGCUGAAGCGGGCGGUGUCCCGGGAGGAUUCGGCGCGGCCCGGUGCCCACGCCAAGGUUAAGAAGCUCUUUGUUGGGGGCCUUAAAGGAGACGUGGCCGAGGGCGACCUGAUCGAGCACUUCUCGCAGUUUGGCACCGUGGAAAAGGCCGAGAUUAUUGCCGACAAGCAGUCCGGCAAGAAGCGUGGCUUCGGCUUCGUGUAUUUUCAGAAUCACGACGCGGCAGACAAGGCCGCGGUGGUCAAGUUCCAUCCCAUCCAGGGCCAUCGUGUGGAGGUGAAGAAGGCCGUCCCCAAGGAGGAUAUCCACUCCGGUGGGGGCGGGGGCGGCUCCCGGUCCUCCCGAGGCGGCCGGGGCGGCCGGGGUCGCGGCGGCGGUCGUGACCAGAACGGCCUCUCUAAGGGCGGCGGCGGCGGUUACAACAGCUACGGUGGUUACGGCGGCGGCGGCGGCGGCGGCUACAAUGCCUACGGAGGAGGCGGAGGCGGUUCGUCUUAUGGUGGAAGCGACUACGGUAACGGUUUCGGCGGCUUCGGCAGCUACAGCCAGCACCAGUCCUCCUAUGGGCCUAUGAAGAGCGGCGGCGGCGGCGGCGGCGGAGGAGGCAGCAGCUGGGGCGGUCGCAGUAACAGUGGACCUUACAGAGGUGGCUAUGGCGGUGGGGGUGGUUAUGGAGGCAGUUCCUUCUAAAAAAAAAAAAAAUUUAAAUACCUGGGAGUGGCUAUAGGGGUAGCUCUUCAACCACCCAACUAGGGUCAGUUCCCAAGUCCCUUCCCCUCCCACCGCCUUCCCCAUUUUGCCCUUGGGGGAGCUGCUUCUAAGGCUGCUUACUCUUGGGGGUGUUGCCCUAUUUGCCUGCCACCUCUCUCGUCUCUCCCUCUGAAGAUGGACUCUGCCCCACAUACACAUUUUUGUGUUACAGUUAUUGAUGGACUCUAUUUUUUUAUUAUUACUUGGACUUUCGUCGUUUUUAUACUAGCAGAAUGUCUUGUUUUAAUUUGUGUUUUUUGGGGGGAGGGAGUGAACUUGCUGAUUCUGUAGCAAAACUUGGGUGGGAGUUGGGGUGGGGGGUUAGUUUACUUUGUUGUAAGGACUUGAUACCUGGCUACAGCGUUUUCUAUGAAAUCUACUUGGAUCCCAUGCCUGAAAUUUGGAAGCAUAUGUACAAAAAUCAUUUUUACGUUUUAUUUUUAAUAAACCAUUGUGUUUGACCGUACAUGUCUAUAACAUUUUUUUUUCUAUGACACAUUUCGUACCGUUUUAAGGCAUAUUAGUUGAAGUUUUUGUGUGUGUGUGUGUGUGUGUUAAUUCUUAAUUUUGAUGUGUACUUAGGGGAACUUUUAAAAGGUCCUGUGGUUUUUUGUUUUUUGUUUCUUUUGUUGCCCUACUAGUGAUGUGUUGAAUUUUAUCCCUUUACAGGCAAAACUUUUGAAAUGGUGGAUGUGGCUUUUUAAAAACCUUUAAAGUUUCUGUGCGUCCAUCUCUUGUACUAAAGGAUUUGCUUAUCAUCUUGACAUGAUCGGUUACUUCUUACUAUGAAAAUUUACUUCAAAGUAUGUACUGUGCAGUUCUAAAGAAAUAUUUUGUGUAAAGCAUGUGUUUCAUUCAUAUAAACUAUUUAAAAAUUUUCACAUGACCUAAUUUUAUCCCUCUUAAUGGUUUGUCUGUAAUGAAUGGCUACAAUAAGGGUUAUAUUUUACCCUCAAACUAAAUGCAUUUUUGUAUUUUCACAGCAGGUUUAAACGUUUUUUCCUAUAGAUGCUGUUCUUACAGAAAUCCUACCCCCAACGUUUGUAGCGCCAUCUACUGGCGAAAUGGCAGUAUAUGUGCAAAACAACUUGGUCAAAAACUUGUUUGGAACAAUUGCAUCAGAUUUAGAAGUUUAGCCAUCAAAAAAUCUGUUCAGACUUUGAAUACUCGUUUACUUUAGGUGGGCUUUACAGGAAUGUAGUUAACAGUCCAUAUCACAAUUGCCCUUUUUAUAUGAGAUUUGAAAAUGUAAACUGCUAGGCAUAGCUUGGACAAUGGCCCCAAAUUGCUAUGACAACUAAUGAACCAGCUACAUGUACUGGUAUCUUAGGUGCAAAUUGUAAACUGAAAUAUCUGUAUUCUGCGUGGUUAACAAAUGUGUAUAUGUAGCCCUUUAAUGCAAUAGAUUUCAGUUGUUUAUAAAAAACAAAACAAAGAUAUAGGAGAAAAUUGCCUUCCUGGAUAGAAAUAUAGAAUAGCAACGUUUAUGGAUAUCACAAAUAAAGAAUUCAGUUCUUUACAUGAUUGAGUGAGAGUAUGUAUAACCUGGUGGGUGGGUUCAGAUUACCUAUUAAUCUAGAACAUUUACUUUAAUAUUAUAAAAUAAUUGGCUUGAAUCUUUAUAGUUGGAAGCUGUACUAAGAAGCUUUUAGAAGGGGAGAUUCUUUGGCUUAAAGAAUAUUUCACAUUGGUCCCCUUUCUCUUGUCACUAUAUGUUUUUAAAGGUCUAAUUCUUGAUAAUUUUUUUUAAUUGUCAAGGCUCUGCUUUUCAAGAGGAAUGUUCAAGGUUGCUAAGCCAGAUUAGGGCUGCUCAGUUGUCACUUUGACAAAGAAUAGCUGAUGCUUGGUACAAAAAUCUAAAUGUACUUCUAUGGUAAAUGGGAUAGAUGUUUUUGCACAUUAAAUAAACACAGUCAAAUCUUUUGCUCCCAAA